AUGCUUCGUUUUGUGACUGUACUGUUUUUCACAUAUUGCGGUAUUUGGGUAGUGGAUACGGAGAUUCUGAAAAGCACAUCCUACUCAGAUAUCGAAAUUCAAGCGGAACGUGAACGAGAAAAUAAAUGGAGCCCAGCGACCCCCGCAGACUUGCGACCAGAUUAUCGUCCAAUGGAACUCUGUGAUAAUCCCGCAUUCAAAGAUCUCAGCCAACGGUUAGUUGAUCUUGUCAGAAACAACCAUGCGUUUGAAAACUUUGAAUGGACUACUGUCAGUGUGACUACUCUCAAAUCAUAUCAUCGGAGUUAUGUUUUGAUUGGUGGUUCCAGUCGUUUGACAAAUCCCUCGACAGGCAAAAUUUCAGUGAGCCCUCGAGAUGGUGGAACUAUUUACUUGUGUGAAUUGGAAUUACAAAACGCUGCAAGUAAUCCCCUUGGUUUUGGUCCAUCUCAAACCUCUUGUAUAGAGCUUUCAAGAAAACAAAAUGAACGAGGGUCUCAUGAGUAUUUGGGAGCAUCCAGUAGCACAUUAGCUCUGAAUGGUGAUACAAGUCUUUUAGCGUAUUGUGAUCCCCUUUGGAGAGCAAAAACCCAAGUUCCAGUAGGUCGAUGUUUCCUUCAACUUUUAAGAGAUGGUAAACCACGAGAAGCACUCGAGUUAAACGAGUUUUGUCAAUCUGGACUGAAUGUGGGCACUCCUUGUAUGGCCGGUCAUAGUAUAGCUUUGUCUUUUGGUUCCGAUCAACCAAAUGCAACAACUCUUGCCCGUUUGUUGUCUGAUGUCCGGCUUUGGGUUGGCGAACCUCUUUCACUACCCACUGGACAAGUGCAGUUGAUCAAGGACCCAUAUGGAACCGCUCGUGUGACCACAAUACGGAGACCGGAUAUUGCCGGUUCGCUGGAUAUUGGAGCAUACUUUGGCUACUCUGUGAUUGAUGGGUAUGCCAGCGCCCCGGGUUUUCCUCACGAAGUUGAUGAGAACGUGGAUGAACUUUCACAAGUUGUUGGAUUUCAAACAGCCGAUACUGGCACCAGUUCCCGUGAAACUUUUGGGUCCGUAGACUGGUUGGGAGGAAUCGAACUGGAUCAGAUAUUUUCCGGGUUUGGUUCAACUAUCCUCCGAAUUCCCAUUAACGGUUCAUUGCAAACCGGUCUGGUAGUUGGAGCUCCAUAUGCCGAUUCUGAAAUCUUCAAAGAAGCCUCCGUUACUCAAAAGCAAGCCAAUCGAGGUCGCAUUUAUUUGUUUUGCCAUGCUGAUGCUCGCUUCAGAACACCGCUGGAAAUAUAUAAACAGCAGCUUUACGAUGAUAUGAUUGAGGGUCCGGUGGAAAGCACAUUUUUCGGUUUCUCUCUAUCUCGCCUGGGAGAUUUGGACAGAAAUGGAACGGAAUAUAUUGCAGUAGGCGCACCGGAUUUGGAAAAGCGUACCGGACAAAGCUUUGUCUAUGUGAUUCGAAUCUUGCCUCAAUGUCGAUUUGAUUCUAUCCCAUUUUAUAUCCUGAGAGGGCCAACAGACGCACACGAUUUCGGUGCCAGACUUCCUCUCAAGGCGGAUGAUAUGGAUUACAAUGGUUUGCCCGAUCUCACCAUUCCCGUUUCAAAGAGUUCAGAUGGAACACCUGCAUUACAGCUGUUCGCCAGUAGACCCCGGGUAGAAGCAGAAUGUUUGUUUACGUUUCCCCCCUGGUUGGCUAUCAGGCGAAUAUUUGCGGGGGAUACUAUACCUAUCCAGAUUUCGGUUUAUUUGCGUACCCAACAACAAAGAUCCGAGGGGUUUGACCCAAUUGCACACAUUGUGAAAGACGAGGAAGAUAACCGUUUGGUGCAUCAAGUGAUCACUGACUGGAAGGCCAAUUCUACGGCUAGUGAGCGAUUUAAGCUGUUUGGAGAUAUUGUUAGCCAGUACGAUACAGCUCAAAAGAAACUGCUGGUGGAAUUCGAUCUGAUUGCUGAACAGGAUGUGAUUGAUAUGACUGAAAUUGAAACACCAGAGAAUGCGCUGUAUGUCGCUUAUCGGUUUUUACAGCCAUGCUACGGUCAUGAUAGAGUGGUUGAUGAAAAUGGGACAUGCGCUCAGAGUGGUUGGCUGAAACGUCCUAUAAUCUCUUGGUCUAAAUGUUUGGCUCAUGUUCCGUUAUCCCGGUAUAUUUGCUAUCCACGACCCAGUUGUGAAGCUGAUGUCUCACUUCAGAUAACUGAUCUACAAUCGAAUGUCACAAUAUCCCGUUUCAACGAUAGUUUGGUUCAGUCCGAGAAUGAAACGAACGAAACGGAUCGAGUACUAUUCACAACAACAGACCUUUUAUUAGCGUUGGAAGAUAAUGCAAUCCUUCCAACCCAGGUAUCAGAAAAUGAAACGUGGGCAACCUAUUUCGUCGGUACAAUGCCACCUCCAACGCUGACUGAGGAACCGGACGCAAUUGAGGAAGAGAUUCCCACUGUUAAAAAAUGGAAACUAUCGACGUAUUACCCGAAUUUUACCAUGAUAGAUGAGACCAACUUCUCUUUGGGUGCUGGAGUAACGGUUCGGGUGUCUUCAGGCACCCAGGAUCCUCAGUCUUUGGGUAAUACUCUUCGUUUUGACUAUCGCGUGAUAAAUGCACCCAAGAUACGGAUCUCAUAUGGGCCUAAAUCCGUGUCCAGUCGAAUGGAUAAUCGGACCCGUCCUUCGUCCGGUCUUAUAGGUCACUCGAGACGUGUAGACGUAUCUGAACUAGGCCCUCGUGUGGAGCAUGUGAUUCAGGUUGAGUAUACUGGACCGACUCAGAAAUUACAGAACGUCACAUUCCGUCUGACUGUGCCAUUCCAGUUAGCUCCGGCCGAUCAACAAGGUGGUUCUGAAAACUAUUUGGUCUAUAUUUUCGGUGAGAUUCGUGCGGCAAUGGAGGGGUCCGGUACACUACAGUGGAUCGACCUGUGGCCCAAAGUCACAUCCUCCGAUGAUUCCAGACACACUGUGACCAGCUUGGGUAGCUGUUCCAUUAUGGAUGCGGAAAACACGGUUAAUCCAAUGCGAAUGGUUGGAAUGGAUAUUACCAAGGUGUGCAAUAUGCUACGACGUGAUUUGGUCGCAUGUUUUCAGGUAAAUUCCGUAGACUAUGUCAACUCCGAAGGGAAACUGUAUAAUUGA